CGCCGCCGCCAUGGCCACUGCCACUUCCACAGCCGUCGCCUUCUCGGGUGCCACCGCCGCCUUGCCCAAACCACGCACUCUCCCGCGUCACCUACUGCCCUCCUCACGCCGCGCCCUCGCCGCCCCCAUCAGGUGCUCCGCGGUGUCCCCUUCGCCUUCGCCCUCGCCCGCCCCUCCCGCCACCGCGCUCCGUCCAUGGGGCCCGUCCGAGCCCCGCAAGGGCGCCGACAUCCUCGUCGAGGCCCUCGAGCGCUGCGGCAUCAGCGACGUCUUCGCCUACCCGGGCGGCGCCUCAAUGGAGAUCCACCAGGCGCUCACGCGCUCGCCGCUCAUCACCAACCACCUCUUCCGCCACGAGCAGGGGGAGGCCUUCGCGGCGUCCGGGUACGCCCGCGCGUCCGGCCGCGUCGGGGUCUGCGUCGCCACCUCCGGCCCGGGGGCCACCAACCUCGUCUCCGCGCUCGCCGACGCCCUCCUCGACUCCAUCCCCAUGGUGGCCAUCACGGGGCAGGUCCCGCGCCGCAUGAUCGGCACGGACGCCUUCCAGGAGACGCCCAUCGUCGAGGUCACCCGCUCCAUCACCAAGCACAACUACCUCGUCCUCGACGUCGAGGACAUCCCCCGCGUCAUCCAGGAGGCCUUCUUCCUCGCCUCCUCUGGCCGCCCGGGCCCGGUGCUCGUCGACAUCCCCAAGGACAUCCAGCAGCAGAUGGCUGUGCCUGUCUGGGACGCGCCCAUGAGUCUGCCAGGCUACAUUGCCCGCCUGCCUAAGCCGCCGGCUACUGAAUUGCUUGAGCAGGUCCUGCGUCUGGUUGGCGAGGCGAGACGCCCGAUUCUCUAUGUUGGCGGUGGCUGCUCUGCGUCCGGAGAGGAGCUGCGCCGCUUUGUUGAGCUCACCGGGAUCCCAGUUACAACUACCCUCAUGGGUCUUGGCAACUUCCCCAGCGACGACCCGCUGUCUCUGCGUAUGCUUGGGAUGCAUGGCACUGUGUACGCAAACUACGCCGUAGAUAAGGCUGACCUGUUGCUUGCGUUUGGUGUGAGGUUUGAUGAUCGCGUGACUGGGAAAAUCGAGGCUUUUGCAAGCAGGUCCAAGAUUGUGCACAUUGACAUUGAUCCAGCUGAGAUUGGCAAGAACAAGCAGCCGCAUGUCUCCAUUUGUGCAGAUGUCAAGCUCGCUUUGCAGGGCAUGAAUGCUCUGCUAACUGGGAGCAAAGCACACAAGAGUUUCGAUUUUGGUUCCUGGCAUGAGGAGUUGGAGCAGCAGAAAAGGGAGUUUCCUCUGGGAUACAAAACUUUCGGGGAGGCCAUCCCACCGCAAUAUGCUAUCCAGGUGCUGGAUGAGCUCACCAAAGGCGAGGCCAUCAUUGCCACUGGUGUUGGGCAGCACCAGAUGUGGGCGGCUCAGUAUUACACUUACAAGCGCCCACGGCAGUGGCUGUCUUCGGCCGGUCUGGGGGCAAUGGGGUUUGGGUUGCCAGCUGCAGCUGGCGCCGCUGUGGCUAACCCAGGGGUCACAGUUGUUGACAUUGAUGGGGAUGGUAGCUUCCUCAUGAACAUUCAGGAGUUGGCGCUGAUUCGUAUUGAGAACCUCCCAGUUAAGGUGAUGAUAUUGAACAACCAGCAUCUUGGAAUGGUGGUGCAGUGGGAGGACAGGUUUUACAAGGCCAAUCGGGCGCAUACAUACCUUGGGAACCCAGAAAAUGAGAGUGAGAUAUAUCCAGAUUUUGUGACCAUUGCUAAAGGGUUCAAUGUUCCUGCAGUUCGGGUGACAAAGAGGAGUGAAGUCCGUGCAGCCAUCAAGAAGAUGCUUGAGACUCCUGGGCCAUACUUGUUGGAUAUCAUCGUCCCUCACCAGGAGCAUGUGCUGCCUAUGAUCCCUAGCGGUGGUGCUUUUAAGGACAUUAUCAUGGAAGGUGAUGGCAGGAUUGCGUAUUAAUCGGAACUUCUGCAAGAGCUCGACCUACAAGACCUACAAGUGCAAUAUGCCUGAUCAGCAUGAUGCUGGUGUAUGUUAUAUCCAUGUGUUCGCUAAUUUGCUUGUUUGAUGAGCUUGGUUUGGUAGUCUUACCUAGCUCUGAACCUUCUAGGUUUUCUAGUCUGUUCUUUUCCGUAGGCAUAUGCUGUCAUAAGAGAUCAUGCAAGUUUCUUGUCCUACAUAUCAAUAAUAAGUACUUUCAUGGAAUAA